GAAAGAAGCAGAAGACGGUCUCAUAAAAUAGGAGAAUUUAAAAUUACAAAAAAAAUUAAAAAUCUAUAUUUUUCAAACUAUUUACAUCUAAAGUGAAUUACAUUCUUCUGUCAGUCUCAGAUGGUUACUUAUAAGUAUUAAAAAUCACUGUUUUAACAUUUACAGCUACUAUAAUGUUUUCCAAAAUAACUAUUUUAAAACCUCAAAGAUUGCUUACUAUACAAAGUAAUGGCAUUAAAAAUUUCAAGGCUCCACCAAAUUUUGAUCAUAUACAGUUCCCAGAAAGAGCCAAAUUAAAAUUUAUUGAAAAAGUUCCACAACUGCCACCAGCAAUUAAAGCACCUAAGAUGCAAAAAAAAUUGAGGCUUAUGAGAGGUCCAGAGGAUGUACAUAAUUUUUUGCUACAUAAGCAAUAUGGAAUUAUGGCGCUUGGUGGAGGGCGAUUAAAAUGGGGUCAUUAUGAAAUGAUGCGUCUAACAAUAGGUAGAAAUAUGGACACAAAUAGGAUGUUUGCUUUAUGGCGAAUUGAUUCACCAUGGCAACCAGUAACAAAACAAGGCCAGGGACAACGAAUGGGAGGUGGAAAAGGUGCAAUAGAUCAUUACUGUACUCCGAUAAGGGCAGGUCGAAUUAUCUUAGAAGUAGGAGGAAAAUGCGAGUUCAAGGAAGUAAAAGACUUUUUGGAUGAUGUAGCUGCCAAGUUGCCAUUUAAAGCAAUGGCUAUAUCACAAGAAAUUCUUGACAAAAUGAAAGAAAAGGAAAAAUGGGAAGAAGAAAACAAUCAAAAUAAAUAUACUAUGAAAUAUAUUAUACAAAAUAACUUAGGUGGGUGUUAUAGGUGGUUAUCACCAACAGAUAUGAAAUAUUUUUGUAAAUAUGUUUAAUAGGAGAAUAAAUACGUUUUUUUCUAAGUAA